GGGAAGGAUGCUCCACUCCCACGUGUUCCCCAGGAACACCACCACCUCCAUCACUGCAGCGCUGGGAACACCUGGGAGAGAAGACACUAAAGAUUAAGAGGGUGACAAAGAGGCGACUGCUUACACAGCGCCCGCCUAAGCCGCCUUGAAGAGAGCAAGGCAAGAGCCCCGCUGCCCGCAGAGCUGCUCGAGCACCCAGCGCCUCACCAGACCCACCGCACGGGAUCCAGAGGGACAGGACAGGGAGAGGUCAGGAACGCCGGGUCGGGAAUGGCUGCGUCUCCGGAGGGGUCAGUGGUGAGCGCCGGGCUGGACGAGAGCCCCACGGGGCUAAGCCCGGCCCCGGGCAAGGCGCUGAGCCCGGUGCUGCUGUGCAAGGUGUGCGGGGACACCAGCAGUGGGAAGCACUACGGCAUCUACGCCUGCAACGGCUGCAGCGGCUUCUUCAAGCGCAGCGUCCGCAGGAAGCUCAUCUACAGGUGCCAGGCGGGAACGGGGCUGUGCCCAGUGGACAAGGCACACCGCAACCAGUGCCAAGCCUGCCGGCUCAAGAAGUGCCUGCAGGCUGGCAUGAACAAGGAUGCCGUGCAGAACGAGCGCCAGCCCCGCAGCACAGCCCAGGUCCGGCUGGACAGCAUCGAGCUGGACGCUGAGCUGCCCCCAGAGCACGUGGCCACCACACGUGAGGUGCCGCCAUCGCCCUGUCCUGCUCCUCGUGGUCCCAGUGCCACUGUCACUGUCACCUCGGGUCCCCGGGCACCCACACCACCCACCAACCAUCGCUUCAUGGCCAGCCUGAUGACGGCCGAGACCUGCGCCAAACUGGAGCCCGAGGAUGCUGAUGAGACGGUGGAUGUGACAGGCAGUGAGCCAGAGCGGGCGGCUGGUGAGUACCAGGUGUCACCAUACCCGGCAGCCAGCCCUGAGAACAUCUACGAGACCUCUGCACGGCUCCUCUUCAUGGCUGUGAAGUGGGCCAAGAACCUGCCUGUCUUCUCCAACCUGCCCUUCCGUGACCAGGUGAUCCUGCUGGAGGAAGCAUGGAGCGAGCUGUUCCUGCUCUGCGCCAUCCAGUGGUCCAUGCCCCUGGAGAGCUGCCCGCUGCUGGCUGUCCCUGAGCCGGCCCCUGGGAAGCUGCUGCCCGCUGCCCUGGAUGUCCGGGCACUGCAGGAGACCCUCGGCCGCUUCAAGGCGCUGGCCGUCGACCCCACUGAGUUUGCCUGCAUGAAGGCUGUGGUGCUCUUCAAACCAGGUGAGGGCACCCCAGCACCUGCCACUGGCCGUCCCCCUGCCCCCACCCCACCCCGUCACCCCCCUGUCCCCACAGAGACCCGUGGCCUGAAGGACCCCGAGCAGGUGGAGAACCUGCAGGACCAGUCGCAGGUGAUGCUGGGCCAGCACAACCGUUCCCACUAUCCUGGGCAACCCGUCAGGUUCGGGAAGCUGCUGCUGCUCCUCCCGGCGCUGCGCUUCAUCUCCUCAGAGCGUGUGGAGCUGCUCUUCUUCCGCCGGACCAUUGGCAACACCCCUAUGGAGAAGCUGCUGUGUGACAUGUUCAAGAACUGA